AUGCCGUCUGCUACGCAGCUUAUAGACGAGAGCAUCUCUUGUGCCGCCACUGGUGCGUCAGCGGCCGCGUACAGGCAGCGGAAAGCUGGUAUCAGGGCCUUGCUCGCGCUCGUGCUCCUCGUCAAUCUGGCUGCUAGCCUGUACCAACUCCCCCUGAGCAGGGUGAUCGAGCGCCGGCUGUGUCGUGAGCACUAUCUGAUCGCGGACCCAUCGGUCAUCGAUCGAGAUGGCAACGUCGAAGAGCGCCUAUGCAAGGUUGACGGCGUCCAGCAGGGUCUGGCCUGGAUCCAGGGAACCAUGGAGACUAGCUGGAUCGUGGGUGAUUUCGUCAUGACGAUUCCCCUGGGCUUUCUCGCCGAACGAUAUGGGCGGCGCACCAUCCUCUGUCUCAAUCUUGCCCCCCGCAUCGUCAUGCUGGCGUGGGCCGUCAUCGUGGGCUAUUUCGAACAGAUCAUGCCAACGAAGGCCAUCGUUGCAUCGCCGUUUCUAUCCGUACUGGGUGGCGACUGUGUUUUCAACUCAAUCACAUAUGCAAUUGCAUCUGGCAUCACGGAUGAUCACGUCCAACGUGCCACAUACUUUGGAUGGAUGAGCUCUGUUUCAUAUGUUGUCAACUUGCUGGGUCCGGCCCUUGCAUCGGCUUCUAUGAGUCUACUUCUAUGGCUACCGUUCUGGAUCGGCAUAUCCCUCCUUCUUUUGGCCAUCCCGGCCAUAUCUUUCAUCGGCGACUCACCCGAGAAUCACUCUCGUGCUUCCGUAUCCCGGAAUACGGAUGAUCAAGCGAGGCCUCUGUUGUCGUCUCCUGUUCUGAAAGCCCAAGACGCCGAAGCAUCUCUCCUACGGUCUAUCGUCCAGCGUUUCGGUGCCUUGCGAUCCAUCAUCGCGAGUCACCCACGCAACAUGAGUCUUCUUCUCAUCAGCUUCAUCCUCACGUCUCUUGCAAGCUCAGACACCAAGCUGUUGGUGCAGUACAUCUCCAAGAGGUAUGGUUGGACGUUUGCUUCCACAGGCUAUCUCUUGUCCGCCAAAGCUGUGGUCAACUUUACACUGCUUACAGUCAUCGUUCCCGCAAUCUUACGUUCUGGCCAGAAGAGGUCGCUUCAUAUCCCCCCCGAAGUGGUCAGCCACCGUAUGAAUAUGUGCUAUGCCAAGAUCUGUUUGGUAAUCUCUAUACUUGGUGCUUUAGCUAUAGCCCUGGCCACACAGAUCUGGAUGUUGGUGCCGUCGCUGUUUCUUUACGCUCUCGGCUCCGCCCUCCCGGUCUUCACCCUCUCGUUGCUCAAAUCACCUUACGUCGCUCCAAAACGGAACGAACGAAGUCUGGAUAUGGUCGAUCCUGAAUCACAUGUCUUCUCUAUCGUCAUGAUGGUCAAAACUUCAGGAUCACUGUUAGGCGCGCCUCUAAUGAUGGUCCUCUGGGUUCGAGGCAUCUCAUUGGGUGGCGCCGCAUUGGGAAUCCCGUACUUUGUGUCCGCUAGCUGUUAUAUUGUUGCCCUUGCUGUACUCUCGAGCAUUUCCGGUAGACAGAGUUAG